GCUCUCUCUGACCAGAGACCCUUGGAAAUGACCACUCUGCUGUCCAAUGACCUCUGCCCCUAACAACAACUUCUAGAAUAAGGCCUCUGUAUUUGUAGAGGCUCCAGCCCAGAUUACGAAGGGCUUAAAUGCCAUCAGGGUGGCAUGCUCCCACUUCCAUUAGCAGAUGGAUGCCCAACCUCAGAGAUUUUGCUGGGAGGAAAUGGUUCCUGCCACUAAGCCUAAAAUUCCCAGGGAUUCGCCUUAUUCCAUUGCAUUUCACAUAAUUACCCCUCUCCUGUCAUCCCCCGAACUUCCCCUCUUCAGAGGGCUUCCCACCCUUAGAGACUGGCAUGCAAUUAUCCUUUUCCAUUUAACUUGGCAGAGCCCAGACUGUGGGUCUUUUCAUCUGUUAUAAUUAUUCCAUUUCCCCUGUUUCUGCAUUGUUUUAGAUAUUUCAUCUCUGAACAUCCUCCAAUUUCAGGGUAUCUUUCUGGAACAGUGGUUGCCAAGAACCCAAAUGCUACAGCCAGGAAAGAUCUCAUUAGGAGCAGAGAGAGGGAGGGAAUUCCUUACUUGAACAGAGUUGUGACCUGGCAAUCACAGGGCCUGCUGGAAGGUUCUACUACUUCCUUUCCUUGAUACCCAGCACUGACCACCCAGAUACCGGUGUGAGGGCAGAGGGGGCUUACCACAUGCCCUCCUGGGCACAGAGUGGGUGGAUAGAGUCCUCUGAGCAGGGAUGUGGGUUGGAAUCUGUCUGCCUGUCUCUCAUCUCAACCUUCUUUCACUUCCCUUGUUCAGUUAUUUAUUUAUUUAUUUCAUGGUGAUUUAUUGAGUAGCCGCCAUGUGCCUGGCCUGGAACGAGGCAGCAGAGACACUCUGGUAGGCAACAAAAGCAGGUGGCCCCUGCCCUCAAGGAGCUUAUAUUCUAGUGCAUGGGAAAGACAACAGACAGCAGAGCAACAGGUUAACGUGGACAGUGGAAGCACARGGAGGGCAAGGGCAGAGUCAGGUGAAGGAGGGAAACACAGGGGCUCAAGUCAAGUAGACCCCAAAAGGGGUCUCCAAGCAGAUGACAUUGAAGCUUGUCACAUUGAAGCAGGUGACAUCAAGGAAAUGCCACUGGACCUGGAAGAAUUGUCACCGUGGGAAGAUCUCCGGCAAACCAUCUCCAUGAAUCCUCUCCAAUUUUCGUCUUGAAAGACCCUGUUUGGAAGAGUCAGGAGCCGUGGCAGCAGGCGAUCGAGCGGCGAGGAGCCUCCGCCGCGGCCUCGCCUCCCCGGCGCAGCACCGCAUCAGCACCGCGGACAGCACAGCGCCCCCGCUAGGGACACCACCGCCCACCUGCCUACCUGCGCCCGGGCCCGCGGCGUCCUGAUCAGCACCACGGACAGAGCCCGGGCCCCCGCUUGCCACCCGCAGCCCACCCGCUCCUCGAGUCAGCACCGCGGACAGCCCCGUUCGACCUGCUCCGCGGCAGCCUGGGAGCCUCCAGCGACCCCGAAACAUGGCUACCGAGGUCCACAAUCUGCAGGAGCUCCGGCGCAGUGCCUCGCUGGCCACCAAGGUCUUUAUCCAGAGAGACUAUAGCGAUGGGACCAUUUGUCAGUUCCAGACCAAAUUCCCCCCGGAGCUGGACAGCCGGAUUGAGCGACAGCUCUUUGAGGAGACUGUGAAGACUCUCAAUGGCUUCUACGCAGAGGCAGAGAAGAUUGGGGGAAGCUCCUACCUCGAGGGCUGCCUGGCUUGUGCCACAGCCUACUUCAUCUUCCUCUGCAUGGAGACCCACUAUGAGAAGGUUCUCAAGAAGAUCUCCCGCUACAUCCAGGAGCAGAAUGAGAAGAUCUUUGCGCCUCGAGGCCUCCUGCUCACGGACCCCGUGGAGCGCGGGAUGAGGGUUAUCGAGAUCUCCAUCUAUGAGGACCGGUGCAGCAGUGGCAGCUCCAGCAGCGGCAGCAGCAGCGGCAGCGGUGGCAGCAGCAGCGCUGGGGGUGGCGGGGCGGGGGCCCGGUGACUGGCCGAGAGUCCCUGCAGGGAGGUGUAUGGCCGGAGUGAGGGCCUCGCAGACCUGCGGCGGCUGCGCUAUCAGAGCACCCGCUUCUAAGU